ACCCGUCUUCUACCUUCACUCAGACAAAACCCCCAUCGAAAACCCUGAUUCAGAGCCAAAUCAGUUUGAUCUUCGAUCGCCAAUGGCCGGAGGUCGAUUUCGCGAGCUACUAAAAAAGUACGGCAAGGUGGCGCUAGUUGUACACUGUUCCGUCUCAGCCGCCAGCAUUACCGGAUUGUACGUCGCCAUAAAGAACAAUAUCGACGUCGAAUCAGCUAUGGAAAAAGUUCGUUUCAAGCAACUUGAAUCCGUUCUCGAAAAAUUCGGCAUGAGCGGUCCAAAGGAAGUAGAAGUAGACACUGCUACAGGGUUUCCGCAAUCAAAUCAGGAAUCAAUCGAUGAGGCGACGAAGCCGAGGAAUCGGACGGCUGAGCUCGCGGCGUCGAGCGGCGGAGCAUUGGCGUUAGCGGUUCUUUGUAAUAAGGCUCUGUUUCCGGUUAGAGUUCCGAUCACCAUUGCUCUCACACCUCCGAUUGCUAGGUUUCUAGCAAGGAGGCAGAUCAUUAAAAAUAGUUUAUGAUGAAUAUGAUCUUCUCCUUUCUCUUUAGUUAAGAAAAAUGCAUACAAUUUCUUCCAUUGAUACCAAGUUAUAUGGAUCGAUAUUGUUAGAAAUGCAUACGCUUACUGCUUACAUGAUAGGUGAUUAAUAAGCAAUUAUACAUUUCCUGAA